AUGGUAUUACCACUGUUGAUAUCGUCUAUGAGAGCUGGUCGGAUCAAGCAAAGGAUCAUGCCUCAGCUGGAUGCGUUGAGUGCUGAGAUGAAGGAAGCAGAAAAGAAGGGGAGUCAACAGCAACUCAUACGGGCCCAAACGAAGUGA